AUGGAUUUUCAACAUCGUGCAGGUGGUAAAACGGGAGUUGGUGGAGUUGCUUCGGCAUCAGAAUCCAAUCGUGAUAGACGUGAGCGUUUACGUCAGUUAGCUUUGGAAACAAUCAAUUUGGCAAAAGAUCCAUAUUUUAUGAGAAAUCAUCUUGGUAGUUAUGAAUGUAAAUUGUGUCUUACAUUGCAUAAUAAUGAAGGCAGCUAUUUGGCUCACACACAAGGAAAGAAACAUCAAGCUAAUCUAGCACGACGUGCGGCACGAGAUGCAAAAGAAUUACCAGGUCAAACACAACCUGCUAGACCACAAAUCGAAGUUCGAAAAUUUAUUAAAAUUGGUCGACCUGGCUAUAAAGUUACAAAACAACGUGAUCCAGAUACAAAACAACAAAGUCUUUUAUUUCAAAUUGAUUACCCAGAAAUAUCAGAUAAUGUUGUUCCUAAACAUCGUUUUAUGUCUGGUUUUGAACAAAAAAUUGAACCACCCGAUCGUCGUUGGCAAUAUUUAUUGUUUGCUGCUGAACCCUAUGAAACAAUCUCAUUUAAAAUUCCUAGUCGUGAAGUUGAUAAAUCAGAAGGAAGAUUUUGGACCCAUUUCAAUUUGGAAACUAAACAGUUUUUUCUCCAGUUUGCAUUCAAAUUAGAAUCAAAAUAUUCCAGUGAUUCAUUGUCAUCAUCGGCAGCCCCACGGUAUGGACCAAUCGGGCCUCCGCCACCACCAUCUAUUCCUCCUGCGGGCAGAUUACCUCAUUUACCGGCACCACCGACGUUUCAUAAUUCGGAAUAUUAA